AUGCAGAACAAAGCCUAAUCUUUACCACUAUCUAAUUAUGGCCAUUCAAGCUAGGAAGCACUAAAUAAGCUUUACGAAUAAGGUAAAAAGUAUACUUUGAGAAACUAAGCUAACAUGACCUUGGAAAAUCAAGAAUUUUAGCAAAGACUAAACUAGAAAAUCAACAAACUUAGGGCACUUAAAUGUACUUCACUAGCGAACGAAAGCUUAUACACUACAGUAAAAUAUUCAUCACCUUAGGGAAACUAAUCAAUUCUUGAGAAAACGAACUCUAACAGCACGAUGCAUGAGGAUGAAGUCUUUAAAUUACCUGAUAUACUUAACUAAAGCAAGCAUUUUGAAAGUAAUAGUAAGCCACCAUCUAAUUUAAACAACAUUAUCAUGCGAAAUUCAAAAUACUCAGAAGAAAAAAUGCAGCUAAAGCCACAUCAAAUGGGCGAGUAGAGAUUUCAGACUAACUGCGUAGAGCCUUUUCCCAAGAAAUCUCUAUUCUAUUAAAAUUAGCAGAGUGAAAUUAAAAGAUUUAGCCAAUUAGACCAAAAUUCAUUAUAAAAACGAGAUGUGUAAUUCAAAAUGGAGGUGCAUCAAUCUAACUCGACUAAAAACGUUCAAGAUACGCUAAAUUUGAAGUCUCUUUAAAAUAGACUCUAAAAAUAGUCAAGUCCUAUUUUUAAUGGAAGGUAUAGUGAUCUAAUUCAUAGAUAGUCACGUCUUCAAGACACUAUACAAUCCAAUGAAUAUAAAUCAGAGUUUGUUGGAGGAUCAUCAACAGCAAAUUCUUCCAUUAGAAUUCACGAGUAACUUGCUAAUAAAUAAUAAGAUAAUAUUCAGAGAAAUUUACAAUAUUCUUAGAACAAAUCUUCAAUGGAAUUAAGAUUAAGUGAUCAUUCACCUACAAGAAAUGAGAUAAAAUAAUAAACAAUACAAAAUAAGCAAGAAGAAAAGAAACAUUACGAUUCCUUUUAAAAAAGAUUUAAGGAGUCAAUGCCUUUCAAGAUCAAAUUAUUGAAAAUGCAAUUUAAUGAACGAAGUUAAGCCAAAAAUAUUGGAACUUUAGAGCAUCUCGAUAUGAAAAAAUCGGAUAGCUAGCUAUGCCUAUCUUUUUCAGAUUUUUCUGAAUCAGAAAAAAAGAUUGUAUUAAUUCAUCCAUAAGAUUAGAAACCCUAAUAAAAAAUAGAGUAAAUUGAAAGGGAAUCAGGUAAAGCUAAUAGUGUAAAAAGGAGAAUUUAACAGUAGUCUAAAACUACAAAGAAGUCUAGAAAAUUCAAAAUAAUUAAAAGCAAACUACCUCCACUCUUAAAUAUUAGUUAAACACCAAAUAUGAUGAAGAAAAUUAACCUGCACGAGGAUUUGUCUUAUGUCAAAUCCCCUCUAAAUAUUGAUAAUCUUAGAAAUUAAUCUAUAACCCCAAUACCUCAGGAAUCUUUAAUUAUUCCAGAGAUCUUGCCACAUUCUUAAAAGGUGUCUUAAAAAUAAAAUAACAUUACCUAACAAGUCAAUUAUUAAUAAAAAACAGCAACUACUGGAUAGGAGAGAUAUAGCAGUACAAAGAUUGCAGUCACUUCCUUAAAUCAGUAGUUGCUUGGCAAUAGUUAAAUAGCUUACUAUAGAACCAAUUCAAGGAAUAGUAAUAAUAAUAGAUAUUUGGAUUAGCAAAAUAGCUAGCAGUCCAAUAAAUCCUAGAAUUCUCACUAUCCAGAAGAAAGUAAGCAACUAAUUAAUACUCCUCAGAUUCUUAAUAAGAUGAUUAGAAAGCUCUAACAAAACUUCAAUAACAAAUCUAAGAAAAGCACAAUCAACAUUUAAUGA